UUUAUGAUUUGGGUUUCAGGAAAUGCUGAAGUAUUUAUAUCCUUAGAGUUCCCAAAAUGUUCUCAACACAUUAUGCAAAUGUAUGUACAGUCAUUAUGCAGGGAUGAGCUCUUCCAAAUUGGCAAGGGGAAAAAAAUGUAAUUCUUUCUAAAAACAGAAACGUUUCCAGGAAGCUUCUCUCUUCAAGUCAGGCUGCAGGAAGAAGUCUGUGGCAGGAAGGAUGUGAGCGUAGCCAGGAAGAAGCUCCAUCCCUUACAUCCAGGUACCAGAACCAUGACUCAUCUUGACUUUAGUCUUGAAUAGAUGCUAAUAGUCAUUAAACAAACAGAAAACGGCGGAACAUCAGUACAGAGGCACGCAGAAAGGGAAAAUGUGGAUUGUAGUUCUUUCUAAUCAUUGACUCAUUUUCACUUUUCUUGUAGAUGUUUCAGGUUUUUUCUUUCUAAAACCUCCAGGUACUUUAAAGAGGCCAUGAUUCAUUGCACUUUGACACAGUUCCUAGAGCUUUUUGGGGGAAAAAAAAACAGGCCUACAGCAUGACACUCUCUCUGCCGCACUAGACAUUUUCAAUAAUUCGUCCUUUGUGUUACUCCCAAACCCACCUGAGAGGUUUGUCACAAGAAAAGUCUAAUCAUAGGCUCAUCGGAACAGAGCAAACUGAAGUCACACCAGAGCUUAUAUUCACUCAAAUUAAAGGUUACACAUUGAUAUUUUCUACCUAAAAUAAGCAUUUAUUUUAACACAUCUUUUCCAGGUGGCAGGCAUUGAUCAGUGCAUCCUUACAGCAACGCCUCAGUGUAUUUCAUUGCAGUUUUCAUAUAAUAGAUCAACACAAAGCUGUGGAGGGAUUGGGAUGCAUAGUUUUCGAAGAUAUUCACAAAUAAGGUUCUAAAAUCUGUGAGAUGCAUUUGUAUUCUUCCCCUAGAGGCAGUACUGGUUGAAGGUCUUCUCCUUCAACCAGAGCUCCAAGUCCUUUGGGAAAAUAUCUCCAGCAGCUUCACUGGAAACUGAAAAAUGUUCUUAGCAACACGAUUCAGGCUCAGUCAAAUUGACUUCUAAUCAUCUGUGAAACGUGAAUCGUGCAAAACGAUUCUCGGCUGUAUUUAGCUCUGGAUUAAGGUUUUCCUUAGACGUCUUGAUGGAAAGUGGUUGAUUUCAUUUAUAGCUACUAGAUUAACAGGCGCUGAAUACAUAAGCACGCCACACUUUUCAGAUUUGUAUUUCUUUUUAAAAAAUUAACUACAUAGAAUUUUCUUUCUUUCUGCUCUGAUUGUGGACAGAUCUGAAAUCUUUAGACCAGAUCUUCUCUCUGGUGUACACAUUAGCUUCUCUUCCUCUCAGGAGACACAACACGCUCAUGCAGCUUUGUGAUGACCCCUACUGGCUACUUACUGUAUAGCACUAACCCUAGGCUAUGAACUUUUCCUUUUAAAUUGUUUGUACUUCCAGUUACAAAUGCUGACACGAGUUUCCUCCACCUCGAAAGACCCUCGGGAAUUUUGUGCAGAUACUCCCGUAGUAACAGACAGUGACUCAACGUUAUUCCAAGAACGCAGGCAAUUCCUGUUUUCAUCUGACUUCCCUGAAGACAUUUUCUUUUUAAACUAUGACUGGAUUCUGUCACUGCAAAUAGAUGAGCAGGUUUAGCGAGCGUUUCUGAAAACGACUUGCCUAACUUGUGUUGAGGUAAAAGACUUCGACCUCGAGGGGUCAAAAAAAAAAGGUGCUGACAGACGGAUUAUUGAUGUUCAGCAGCAGAAGGAAUGAUCAGUAUUCUCCAAGAAACAAUCGACUGGACAAUUUUAGGUGCAGGCACUUAAUUCAUCCUAAAACUGAGAAGAAAAAAACCCCCACAAAUAAUCUGGCAGAUUACAAGGCAGAUGUACAAAACAAAUGAUGACCGUCUAAUCUGAUGAAUGACUCAUGAACACAUUCACAGAAAGUGAGUGAGUUUUUUUUUUCUCUCCACAGUGACACGGGGUUUACGUCAGAAAGGGAGGAAACCCUCAAUUAUCCACUAUCAUUUUCUUUUACAAUAGCAUGACUGAGGAGUUCCUUUAAUUGCAUCACUUCCUUGUCCAGUAAACAGAGGCGUGUUCGCCUGCAGCGUCCGUUUUGAGAUGAAACAUGAUUCGAAAAACCCCCUCGGUCUACUAUAAGAGCAGAGAGGAUGGAGGCUCAGAGACACACAUCCUCUCCAGGACUCAUCCUCUCAGGUAACACACAGCUUCACCUGCAGGUAACCACAGUGAUGAAGAUGCUGCUCAGUUCUUCCGUGCUCCUCCUCCUCCUCCUGGGUUUACUGAACGGGCCUGCGGAGAGCCGGACACUGCACAUGGACGGCUGCUCUGCCAACGUUCACGUCCAUGAACUACACCAGUACUUCUCUGAGAUAAAAUCAGAUGCGAUAUCGGCGGACGGCGAGAUUGGAGUGAAACUUCUGGAUGCAUCUCUGAUGAAGAACGUUCAGGAGGGCCAGACGUGCUGCUUUGUGCGCCUCCUGCUGCGUUUCUACGUCGAACGAGUCUUCAGCAGCUACGAGUCCUCUCAGCCGAGUCAGCAGCGCUGCUCCAGCGCCUUGGCAAACGCUUUUGUCAGCAUCAGAAGGGAAAUGCAUAAAUGUCACUGCCACUGCGGAGAAGAAACCCAGAGAACGAUUGACUCGGUGCUCGCCAACUUUGACAAGCUGCAGAUCCAGCAGGCGGCGCAGAAGGCUGUAGGCGAACUGGGCACAGUGCUGGACUGGCUGGAGCAACUGGGAUCUAAAUCAUAAACACGAAGCUGACCCGCACAAGAGCUACUCGUUCGUUUACCCCUGAGCCGUUUCGCAUUUCUGUGUGUUUGUACUUGAAUUAAUUUAAACCUGUAUAUAUUUGUGUUCUCUCACGUGUUUUUGGUGGAAUGUCUGAAGCUGACUUUUAGAAGGAUGUAUAGAUUUUUAGAAUUUAAAAUUACUAAUAGGUUUUUCUGUGAAGUUGUAAAAUGAGCUUUUAUCAAAACAAAGCUUUUAACUCCAUUGUAAAAAUAAAUA